UAACUCUCAAAAACCUAUGAUGGAAUUACCAGCCAAACACAGUGGUGCUUCAGGAGAAGUAUUGCCAACAGUGAUGAUGAAGGCACAUGAAAACCAUGGUACUGAAGGGUUUCCCUUCAAGCAAGUCCAGAGAAAUGCACAUCCCCCUGCCUGUGAGUGGAGAGAAGAAGAAAACCUGUACCAAAUAGAACCUAUGACCCGUAAGGAGGAAGAGCAGACUGGGAGAGCUAUUGGUCCCCAAAGAAGGGGUGUAAGAAACAGGCCUGUUCCUAGUGACCUUGACUUCAGCUUGCAGUCACAUCCACCAGCGGUGCAGGAACUUAAAGGUAGUAGGGGACCGUAUGAACAGAAGGGAGUUGAGAACUCUGUUGAGCAAAGUCCUGUAGUUUCACCACUCCAGACAAUUGUUCCCAGUGUCAAAGCCGUCACUGAUCGUGAAGAUGGGCGUAAUUUUAUAGACUGUUCAUUACUCACCCAAGAACAGAGAGCAGACAGGACAAAGAAAUCUUUCCAGGGUAAUCGGUCUGGCAAAGCUUUUAGUGAACACUCACACCGUGCUCUAAGUCAGAAAAUUCGUACAAGAGAGGAACUGUAUGAAUGUGACGUUUGUGGAAGGGACUUCAAUCAAGAAUCAAACCUUGCGCAUCAUCAUAGAAUUCACACUAGUGAGAAACAUGCCCAGUGUAAAAUGUGUGACAAAGCCUUUAAAAGUGGCUCAGAGCUCAUUAUACAUGAAAGGAUCCAGAGCAGAGGAAAACAAGAUAAAUGUGAUGUGUGUGGCAAGUUGUAUACUCAGAAUUUGAACCUUGUAAGUCAUCAUAGAAUUCAUACUGGAGAGAAACUUUACAAAUGCAGUGAAUGUAGUAAAGAUUUUAGACAAAAAUCAGCACUUGAUGAACAUCAGAGUAUUGAUACUGGAGAGAAGCCUUACGAAUGUAGUGAAUGUGGCAAGGUCUUUAGCACCAGGUCAAUACUUGCACAGCAUCACAGAAUUCUUAGUGGAGAGAGACCUCACAAGUGUAGUGAAUGUGACAGAGCCUUUUCUGUCCGUAGAAGCCUUAUUAUCCAUCAGAGAAUCCACACUGGAGAGAAACUGUUCAAGUGUAAGGAAUGUGGGAAAGGCUUUCAUCAAUCUUCUGGCCUUGCAACUCACCGGAGAGUUCACACUGGAGAGAAGCCUUACAAAUGUGAUGAAUGUGGCAAGUCAUUUGGGAGCAGCACUGCACUUAAACUACAUCAGAAAAUUCAUACUGGAGAGAAGCCUUUUGAGUGUAGUGAGUGUGACAAAGCAUUUAUUUCGCGUUCAGCUCUUAUUAAACAUCAGAGAAUGCAUACUGGAGAGAGGCCUUACAGCUGUAGCAGAUGUGGUAAAGCCUUCACUGAAAGCUCUGCCCUAACUAGUCAUUGGAAGUCUCACACUGGGGAGAGACCUUAUGGAUGUUCUGAGUGCAGCAAAGCUUUUCGUUCCCGAUCACAUCUUGAACGACAUGAGAGAACUCAUGCUAGAGCGAAACCUCAUAAAUGUGAUGUGUGUGGCAAGUUGUAUACUCAGAGUUCGAACCUUGCAAGUCAUCGUAGAAUUCACACUGGAGAGAAACCUUACAAAUGCAGUGAAUGUGGUAAAGCUUUUAGACAAAGAUCAGCACUUGGUGAACAUCAGAGAAUUCAUACUGGGGAAAAACCUUACAAAUGCAGUCAAUGUGGUAAAGCUUUUAGGCUUAAUUCACACCUUACUGUACAUGUAAAAAUUCAUACUGGGGAGAAACCUUACAAAUGUAAUGAAUGUGGCAGAGACUUCCGUCAGUCUUCAACUCUUAUCAAUCAUCAGAGAAUUCACACUGGAGAGAAACCUUACGAAUGUAGUGAAUGUGGCAAAGUCUUUACUACCAGUUCACACCUUGCACUGCAUUGCAGAAUUCAUAGUGGAGAGAGACCUCACAAGUGUAGUGAAUGUGACAGAGCCUAUUUUGUCCAUGGAAGCCUUAUUAGCCAUCAGAGAAUCCAUACUGGAGAGAAACCUUUCAAAUGUGAGGAAUGUGGCAAAGUCUUUCACGGGUCUUCAAACCUUGCUGUUCAUCAGAAUAUUCAUACAGGAAAGAAACCAUACAAAUGUAACGAAUGUGGCAAAGUCUUUGGUCAUAGUUCACACCUCGAGGGACAUUUGCGUGUUCAUACUGGAGAAAAACCUUACAAAUGCCAUGAGUGUGGGAAAGCCUUUAGAGUGUCCUACAGCCUUAGUACCCAUCUGUUAAUUCAUACAGGAGAGAAACCUCACCGAUGUAAUGAGUGUGGCAAGUUCUUCAGACACUCUGCCGAUCUUGCACGUCACGGCAGAAUUCACACUGGAGAGAAACCAUUCAAGUGUAAGGAAUGUGGGAAAGUCUUUAGUCAGUCUUCUAGCCUCGCAGCUCAUCGCAGAAUUCAUACUGGAGAGAAACCUUACAAAUGUAGUGAGUGUGACAAAGCAUUUAUUGUGCGUUCAACUCUUACUAAGCAUCAGAGAAUCCAUACUGGAGAGAGGCCUUACAGCUGUAGCAGAUGUGGUAAAGCCUUCACUGAAAGCUCUGCCCUAACUAGUCAUUGGAAGUCUCACACUGGGGAGAGACCUUAUGGAUGUUCUGAGUGCAGCAAAGCUUUUCGUUCCCGAUCACAUCUUGAACGACAUGAGAGAACUCAUGCUAGAGCGAAACCUCGUAAAGGUAACUAA